UCGCGACUCAUUAAAAAAAAUUAAAUAUUAGUUUAUAAAAUAAAUAAAUGGCGCCGUUUAAGCGUAUGCGCCAGCCCAAAAUCACGACACAGGCGUUGCUGGAAUUUGAUCUGGGCGAGAGCUCAUCUGACAGCGAUUUUUUGCCGGAUAUUGAUAACUGUUCAGAUGGUUCAAAGGAUGAGAGCGAUGGCGAUGGCGGCAGCAGUGAUGAAAGCAGCAGCAGUGACAGCGACUCAGAUGCCGACAGCGAUGCCCAAAGUGAAGACUCAACGCUUCAGUUGCGCCAAUUGCUGGCAGAUAAUAAUGGUAAUCAGGAGGAGGUAGCGCAGACAGCAUUAGCUGUGGUGCCGGCACAGCCGCGCCUUAAUGGAUAUAACGGUGAGUGUACUGCGCCGGCGAAGCGCAUGUGCUGCGUCUGCCUUGGUGAGCGCAGCGACGAUGUAAAUGAGAUUGUAGAGUGCGACGCUUGCGGCGUAUCCGUACAUGAGGGCUGCUAUGGCGUGAGCGAUAACGUAAGCAUCUCCAGCACCAACUCAACCUGCUCCACGGAGCCCUGGUUCUGUGAGGCUUGUCGUGCCGGUGUCUCCGAACCAGACUGCGAGCUCUGUCCCAACAAAGGCGGCAUUUACAAGGAAACGGAUGUGGGCAAGUGGGUUCAUCUCAUAUGCGCGCUUUACGUACCAGGCGUGGCCUUUGGCGAGGUGGAACAAUUGAGCUCGGUAACGCUCUUUGAAAUGCAGUACAGCAAAUGGGGUGGCAAGCUCUGCUCGCUAUGCGACAACUCACUCUUUGCGCGCACCGGCGUCUGCAUUGGCUGCGAUGCGGGCAUGUGCAAGACUUACUUCCAUGUGACCUGCGCACAAGUGGCCGGUUAUCUGAUAGAAGCGCAUGAGGAUGAUGCGGCAGAUCCAUUCUAUGCCCACUGCAAGGUGCACUCUGAGAAGGAAAUGAUAAAGAAACGUCGACGCAACUAUCACACACUGCGUCUCAAUAUGCUGCAGCAGGCCAAGCAGCGCUCACAGCAACAACAGCAAACUAGCGACGCACGUCCAAAUCCCGCACAGGCGCGCAUACAACGCAAAUUGCUAAAGAUACAGCAAAAGUAUGCGCAGCAUAAGCAAAUGAAGCCUGCACCCUGGGUGCCCACACAGAAGAUGUCACGCCUGCUGACUAGCUCCGCCUCUGCCUGCCGUCGUCUGCUAGACAAAGCAGAGUUUAUGGCUGUAGAUGUAGAGCAGCUCGAACAGCGGGAGGCGCACAUACAAGCCUUGCAGGACAUACGCAAAAAAUGGCAUAUAGCGCCUGCUUUUAGCGUUGAAUUUACUGCCUACUAUUUGGAUCGCAUAGCACGCAUCUCGGACUUCAAGCAGCAGCAGCAGCAGCUGAUACGUGAGAACGCGCAGUUGAGUCAGCAGCAGGAUGAGCUUCGUGCACAGUACGAUGCUGCAUUGGAGCAACGCAAGCAGCUCAAGUCUAACAAGGACAAUCUAAGCCAGUUGCUUAAUACACUGCACAGUGCUCUGACACAACUCUGUCCUGUAUUGAGUUUGCCAACAUUGGAGGCAAUAGCACGUCCGCUGCCGGAGCCACAGCUUAAGAUAGCCACACCACCGCAACGCCCCAUAUCGGUGCCCACAGCGGCAGCGCUGAAAAUGGGCGUGGGUUUUCCUUUGUCGCAUCUGACUGGCAGCAAACUGGACAACUCGCGCUUACUUAGCACUCAACAGCAGCAGCAACAACAGCCUCCAAGCAGUGGCAAAGGUGCCGCCUCCAUUGCACCCUCCUUUAACUGCGGCAUUUGUAAGCGCCACAAUGAUCAGCAUUUGCUUGUCAAGUGCGACACCUGCAAUUUGCACUAUCAUCUUGGUUGCCUCAAUCCGCCGCUCACACGUCCGCCCAAGAAAUCCAAACAGUAUGGCUGGCAGUGCUCCGAGUGCUGCGAUAAAUCUGAUGUCUCCGAUGCUGUCACAGAAAUUUCACCUGGUCCACGCAAAUCACGCACACGCUUCAACAAGGAUGGACACUUGGUCUAUGUGGAUCGUUAUUCGCUGGACGAGUUGCCCAAGGAAGUAACGCCUGCCAAGCGUGCGCUCAAUAAAUCUCUGCCUGUUGCCACUGAUGCUGUGGAGGAUCUCACCAAGUCACCCAAACGUGCCAAGCUGCAGUCGCCACGCAAAACUCCUAUCAAUGUACAACUAACCACGCCCACAGCUGAACUGCUAGCCACGCCCACUGCAGCAGCUACCACCUUGCGAAGCAACUCGCAUGUUUCUGGCUGUGAGGAUUCCAUAGAUGACUGCACCGGCAAACAAUCCUCACGCAAAGGCAAACGCAAGGAUAAGCAUAAAAACAAACACAAUUUGUCUUCGGAUACCGAAAAAUCCUUCAGCAAAGAGCAUAAGCGCAAGCGUAAGAAGCGUGCACAUGGAGAAGAUACAACGCCGGAUGCAGGGACCGGCAGCACCAUUAAGAUUAUUUUCAAGACACUGCGCUUGCCAGGCGAGGAUGCACCAGAGUCACGUAGCUUCUAUGUGCCCGCCAAUGCAGUGCGUUCCGUAGAUGAGGCCUCUAGGCCCACAUCCGUAGAGACUGUGGAGGAGAUAACCCAGCCCGAGGUGAUUGUUAAUAUGCCCGAGGAGGUCAUCCCUACGCCGCAGCGGCCACAAAAAGAGACAGCGUCACCACAGCGUAAGGUUAGUCCGCGCAAGACAACGCCACGCAAGCAGCGUCCCGGAAGACCGCGUAUCUCCGCUCCCAAGGUGACUAUCGAGAUCAACUGCUGCGUCUGCAGCCAGAGCGGCAAGGCCAACCAGGUUGUAACCUGCGAUGUUUGCCACAAGCAUUAUCAUUUUUCCUGCCUCGAUCCGCCACUCAAGAAGUCACCCAAAAUACGUGGCUACUCCUGGCAUUGUGCCGAUUGUGAUCCCACGGACGAGGAGGCGCUUCCCAGAAAGGGAAAAUAAUUUAGUCUGUAAUAUUUGACAUAUUUGUCAUAAGAUUUUUAUACUUUUCCAUAAGUUUAUACUAUAUACCAUCUUGGCUCCUUUACCUAUUAUUAUC